AUGGAAACUAGAGACGAGCGUAAGCGUUAUUACUACGAGCAAAAAGUUCUGCCGGCCCUGGACGAGUGCGUGGCGGAGUGGGAGCGCUGGGGCGUGACCCUCGAACGCAUGUGGCACUACUCGAAUGACUUCUGGUCAUACCGCGCGCUAGACAACGACGUGUACGACUGCGCCUGGGGCUGCUUCUUCCUGCGCAUGGGCUGGUUAGACGACGAUAUUGAGGGAUUGUUCCAAGCGCCCGUGAUGCUGGCACACCUGGAGAAGUAUUUGGAGGCAAGCUUGGAAACCAGUCUGAAGGUCAGCCGUUGCGUAUAUGUGAAUUACCCUCACGCGGAGCUGCGGACCGGCCAUGUGCCGGACUGCGAGCAAGCCAAGCUCCUGAAGAACUGCCUCAUCAAAGAAGAAACUCUCGGGAUUACGCACGAGAACAAGUUGCGGUUGGUCGAGCUGCUGCGCAGCUGGCUGGGUUUCUGCGCCGACGACGAAGGGCUGCCGCUGGCCGAGGUGCUGGCCCGCGCCGCGCGCCCGCCGCGCCCCUCGCCGCCGCGCGGCCAGCCCGUGCCGCCCGCGCUACAAGGCUGCGCCUGGCGCUGCCUCUUCUACGAUAUGGGCUGGAUGAAUGAUGUAGACGGAGAGUUCCUUUUGCCCGUCGUGAACGAGACGAUAAGGAUGUAUUACUACAAAACUGAUUUAAUACCGCAACUAAAGGAGGAAUCUACUAAAUGCGUCCAGACCGCGAACCGUUUCCCCGAGAACGAUGAGGUGAUGGAGUUGCGGCCGCGCGGCUGCGACCGCUCGCAGCUCUACGUCGACUGCCUCGUCAACAACUUCUUCAAGAACCUCACAUCGCCUUGGUUCACCGAUGAAGAGAGGAGCAUCAGGGUCGGUAGCCAGAGCUCUAGUCCCACCAGCCCCCGUCCUCGCUCGCGCCCCCCUCCCCCGCAGCCGCACCUCGUGCGCACGCGCCUGUCAGCGCGCGUCGCGCCACUGCCGCUCGCGCCCUCUGACUCCGUCGUUGUCAAACUCAAGGUGACGGAGACAGACAAAUGAGCGUAGUGGCUUAGGUAGAUUAUGGUUUUUUCUAAAUGUGUUAGAAAAAUUACGUAAUAGUAAGCCAAGAUACU